CUUCGAAAACCUAAAGAGAGAACCACCCAGGAAGGGGAAAAUUUUUUUUUUUUUUUUUGAUCUCUUUCUCCGCGGAGAGGGCACGAGCGAAGGAGACGAGGGCGAGGGGCGAUGGCGACGAACGCGGACGUGGAGGUGGUGGACUUCGAGCCCGACGACGACGAUCUCAUGGACGAGGACGCCGCCGCCGGCGAUCCUACUCCGGCUGCGGCGGCUGCGGCGGCGCCGCCUUACCCGAGGCUACGCUCCGCCAUCACCGGCGGCGACCCCCCCAAGAAGACGAAGGGCCGCGGAUUCCGCGACGAGGGCGCCGCCGCCGCCGCCGCCGCCGCCGCCGACCGCAGCUCCCGCCUCGACUCCCGCGACUUCGACUCACUCGCCCCCGAGGGCGGCGGCGGCGGACCCGGCCCCCAGCGAUCCAUCGAGGGAUGGAUAAUACUGGUUACUGGAGUACAUGAAGAGGCACAAGAAGAUGAUCUCCACAAUGCUUUUCGUGAAUUUGGGCAGGUGAAGAACUUGCAUCUAAAUUUGGACCGCCGAACUGGAUUUGUUAAGGGAUAUGCUCUCAUUGAGUAUGACAGCUUUGAGGAGGCACAGGCUGCAAUAAAUGCACUGGAUGGAACUGAGCUCCUCACACAGAUCAUUAAUGUUGACUGGGCAUUUAGUGUUGGACCUAUCAAGCGCAGAAAUGCGAGGAGGAGAUCACCACGUGCUCAUCGAUCAAGGAGCCCGCCGAGGAGGAGAUAUUGACAGGUUGUUAUCACCGUAAACAGAAAUGAAACUCUAAACAUUUGCAAUCCAAGAUUUGAGAAUCUGCUUGUUUUCCAGAGGAGAAUGAUUUGGAAUCUGAGAUUUGGGAAUUUGCUUGGUUGUGUUAGCGUCGUUUAAUUUCCUUGUAACUUGUUUGCCUUCGUCGAAAUCUUCUUGUGUUGGAUAUCUUUAAUCAACAUGUGGAUUUAUGAACUUAUUUUGUAUCGGUGAUUAGGAGAACUGCUACUUUUUGAUCUUUCAAGUUUCUACGACAUUAUACCUGGCGACGGUGUGAUUGUGCCUCAUCACAUAGAUAUUCUCUGCUUGCAUUAA